UACUGCAACGAUAUUACGUCUGGUUACACGCUCUCGCUACUCGUGACUCGAGGGAGGUCAGGGUCAAUGUACUUAUAUAUGCAGUUGCGACUGUCAGUUAUCCCAACUUUGAAUGGCGUCUGAAUUCGAACCUCAAUCACUGUAUACAGGAGUCCCUUAUCUCGAGGAUAAGCAGGACUCGGGCAUACUAGUGGAAGUAUAUCCAGACACCAAGGUCUCGGAUAUCAAGGUCUCCGACCCUCCCUCACUGUCGGACGAGUUCCCUGAAGGUGGCCUGGCAGCUUGGGCAACUGUUUUUGGAGCGUUUCUUGUGCAGUUCAGCGGCUACGGUUAUGCCACUGCAUUUGGUGUAUACCAAGAUUUUUAUACCCAACACUACCUUACGAAAGAAACAUCGUCAUCUAUAUCAUGGAUAGGGAGCUUGAACAUGUUUUUAGUCACCUCUGUAGGCCUUCUAUCAGGUUCAUUGUAUGACCGAGGAUAUUUCUACCAUCUCAUGAUUGUCGGAUCACUCCUACAGAGCUUCUGUCUCUUCAUGUUAUCAUUGGCAAAACCUGAUCAGUAUUACCAGAUAUUCCUUGCUCAAGGAUUAGGUUCAGGUAUUGCGGCGGGGCUCAUGUUUGUCCCGAGCACGGCUGUCGUUUCCCAUUAUUUCCGACGAAAACGCACGCUGGUUUUGACCUUCGUCGCUUCAGGAUCUUCGUUGGGCGCUACCAUCCAUCCGAUUAUGCUCAAUAACCUUUUGAAUGGUCCUCUCGGCUUUGCCAAUGCUGUCCGUGCUAGCGCAGGGUUGAUCAGCGGGCUCCUUCUAAUCGCAUGUCUAUGCAUGCGAACUCGCCUUGAUCCACCAACGACACCGGUGAACUACAUUGUGGCAGCUAAAAAGUGUAUUCGCGAUGUACCGUUUAGUCUCAUGAUAGCAGGGGGCUUUCUUUUCCAGACUGGCUUCUACUACCCGAUGUUCUUCUUCCAACUCGACACUAUCAAGCACGGUAUUGGCGCCACAUUCUCGUUCUACUCUCUGGUGGUUUUAAAUGCUUCCAAUUGUGUGGGACGAGUCACAUCAGGUUUCAUCGCAGCCCUCACAGGAGUCCCGAAUGUGACCAUAGUCGCGACGGUUUCAUGCAGUAUACUCAACUUGGGCUUGAUUGGAUUGAGUAACCUGGGCAGCGCCAUAGCGCUUGGUGUAUUGUAUGGCUACUUUGCAGGGCUAUACAUCGGGGCAUGGGUCCCACUUAUGGCUGAUUUAACUCCUGACCUAUCUGAGCUUGGCGCACGGAUGGGUAUCUGCUUUUGUUUGAGCGGAUUUGGAAGUCUGAUUGGAACACCCAUAUCCGGCGCUCUGCUGACAUCGAACUAUACAUGGUGGAUACCCGCGCUGUUCUCCGGGGUCCAUUUCGCUAGCUGGUAGCGCGUUGUAUAUUAUCAUGCGGGUAAUGUUGUCAGAAGGCAGAUUGAAGAAGAAACAGCGUCGUGCUCAACUCGAAGUAUUAGAAAGUUGUCCUUGAGGAAUACGUUUUUUGAAUUAAUUAAUUGUACUUUUUCUGGUGCUCUAGCGCGUUAACUACUGCGCAGAGGGUUCGCUCCAUGUGCAAUAGUUCAUGCGUGCGAGAGAAUUC